GAGCCGGGUCUGCCUGUAAGAAUUCGAUCCACAGACAGGUAACUUAAGAGUGGCCCAUUGUCUCUGUGAUCAGCCCUAUAUAAAUCCCUCCUGCGCACAGGGUGCUCACCACACAGCCUUACCUCCACCUGCAGCAUCCAGCACACUCCAACUUAACGGGACUAUGUCGCUCACGUCCAUCCUUUCCGCUGAUGCCAUCGACAGCGCUAUCAAGGACUGCCAAGUACCAGAGUCCUUCAAUCAUAAGAAGUUCUUCCAGCUGUGUGGUCUCUCCAAAAAAAAUCCCCAGGAAAUAAGGACUGUCUUUGGCAUUCUCGACAACGAUGGCAGCGGCUUCAUCGAGGAGGAUGAGCUCAAAUUCUUCCUGCAGAGGUUUUCAUCUGGAGCUCGUGUGCUGACCGAUAAAGAGACUAAGACCUUACUAUCAGCAGCUGAUGAUGACGGUGAUGGCAAGAUUGGAGCUGAGGAAUUCCAGGCCAUGGUGCUCUCCUGAAUGGUCAACCCUCCUCUUGUGUCAUGGUUCAUUUCAACAAUGUUCUUCCUUGUUAUUCUGCUUUCUUUUAAUUUUUGGAAGCCCCUGAUGAUACAGACACAAAACAGACCACAGUUUAUACUAGAUUUGUAAAUACCUGUAAAGAGAUGAAAUCCAAAUCAUCUCCCCAGUGUACGACUGACACAACAUAAAUAAUUUUGAGUAAAUAAAUAAAUGACUAAACUUUA